UACAGCGACUAGUGACUUGGCUCUUUCUUCGUGUUUCCGCAUCCGCAGAGAGCUGCAUUCGUCCCGGUUCGAGCCAGUGCUUUGCGUCGGUGAGCGACUGACGAUUCUAAUUUUUUGAAGCUCCACUAGUUUGUUUUUCCUCAACGUCUAGUUCUCCGGACAGAAAUACUAGUAUCAACGAGACAACGAUGGCAGCCACAGCAGGUGUACUGACGAAGGAGCUACUGAGCCAAAUGCGAAGCAAGUUCUACGCGGAGUCGCGCAAUCUACAGGCGCAGAAUGUGUGCUCGCGAAUCGACCCAUUGGAAGCAUGCCUCUCGCGUAGUACAGCUCAGGCAACUAACCACGUGUUCCAGCACAAAAUUGAGACCGAAGGCAAACCCGUUACCAACCAGAAACACAGUGGACGUUGCUGGUUGUUCGCUGCGCUCAAUGUUAUUCGCGUACCUUUCAUCAAGCAACACAAUCUCGAAGAGUUUGAGUUCAGUCAAAAUUAUCUAUUUUUUUGGGAUAAGAUUGAACGAAGCAACUACUUCUUGCACAACAUCGUCAAGACGGCGAAACGCGGUGACGCACUGGAGAGUCGAACUGUGAAUUUCCUUCUGCAGGAUCCAAUUAAUGAUGGUGGCCAGUGGGACAUGGUGACGAAUCUUAUCAAUCGUUACGGUCUUAUGCCUAAAGCCUGCUUUCCUGAAAGUUACUGCUGUGAGAAUUCAGUACGACUCAACAUCAUUCUCAAGAGCAAGUUGCGCGAGUACGCUCACGCGUUGCGUACCCUCAUCGACUCUGGUGCCUCUGACGAGCAGAUUCAACAACGCAUUAAUGAGCAGAUGACAGUAAUUUACCGAAUAGUCGCUAUUUGCUUGGGUAUUCCACCAGAGACUUUUAACUGGGAGUACUACGAUAAAUCAAAGAACUACAACAGCGUGGGGCCAAUUACGGGUUUGGACUUUUACGAAAAGUACGUGAAACCAUACUUUGACGUGAAUGAAAAGGUUUGCCUAGUGACAGAUCCAAGGUCUACAAAUCCGUACGGCAAAGUCUACACAGUUGAUUGUUUGGGUAAUGUGGUUGGUGGUAGAGCCACCAUAUACAACAACCAACCUCCAGAACUUCUCAUGAAGCUCUGUGCUGAAAGCAUCAAGAAUAACGAACCUGUUUGGUUUGGUUGCGAAGUUUCCAAACGAUUUAGUGCCAAGGCUGGUAUCCAGGAUCUAAAGGCACAUGACUUUGAACUUAUGUUUGGUACCGACGUACAAGUCACCCUCACCAAAGCUGAGAGAUUGCUCUAUGGAGAGUCGUCUAUGUCACACGCCAUGGCCUUCACUGCUGUAUCCUAUAAUAAGGAUGGCUCAAUCUCAAAGUUCCGUGUAGAAAAUUCAUGGGGAGAUGAUCGCGGAGACAAAGGAUAUUUAGUUCUUACUGCUGACUGGUUCCAUGAAUUUGUCUUUGAAGCUGUUAUUGAUAAAAAACUUGUACCCGCUGAUGUGUUAGCUGCAUUUGAUCAAGAGCCAAUUGUCUUGCCUGCAUGGGAUCCAAUGGGCACACUUGCUCAGUGAUAAAUUUUAAUACUUGUCAUUGUAUAUGUAAUCAACUAUUUUUGAUUGAAAAAGAAAUAUGAAAGAUCCGAAUUCAAAUAAGAUUAAUUUUCACACAAUUACUACAAUAAACAGUAAAACAAUUUUUUAUAAAAAGAAACAAUGCUGUAAUAAAAAAAGCUCUUGAAACUUUUUUCUAUUAACUGUGCAGUGGAGUGCAAAAUAGAUGCAGUUUUGAAUUCAGAAAACUAAUCAUGGUUUGAAUAUCACUCUAAACAGUCAUGUUGCAUUUAUCAACUUGUGAAAUGAAUUUUAAUAAAUACUUUUUAUUCCAAUAAUUGUAAUAAUGCAAGAAGAUAAAAAUGUUUUUUAUAAGUUGUAAAAGUGUUAUAGAAUGGUAAUACUCUUUCAAAGUUCAGACGCAUGCGUCUACAUUGGUUGCUAUGGAUGAAUAAAAAGACUAUACUUUAGAA